AUGUAUGAGAAGAUGGACACUUUGUUCAGCAAUCUCAACACCAAGUAUGAUGCUGUUGCCACUCAUGUGAAGAAACUAGAGACUCAAGUCACCCAAACUAUGGAAGCUGUUAAGAGACAGGAAGCUGAAUCCAAGAAGUCCUUUUGCAACUCAGCCGCCAUAGAAGAAAGAUUUGAAGACCAAGUUCCAGAAUGGAUGCUUUCAAAACCUACUGUUGAUUGCAUGAUUUGGCCUGAAGAGAUUACCCAGAGAGAGAGUCCAAUCGAGCUAGAAAGAGAAGACUCUUCCCAAAGAUUAUCCCCAAGACUGAUAACUCAGGAAAGUUUUCUAUCUAAAAAGAAAAGGAGUUACAACCAAAAGAGUGAAGACUGUCCAGACGGCUCUAUCGAGAACAGCGCCCAACCGCGCAGUCCGGCUGGCCGAGGAACGCAUGUUCCGCGCUCGGCCAAAACGUCCGUCCGUCUGAAGUCUCGGCCAAAGUCCAAAACCACUCGGCCGAUCACGCAUCACGACCCGGGAAACAAGCCCGCGGUCGGCCACGCCACAACCGCCACGCCACGCCGCGCACGACCAAAGCGCGCGAGCCGGGAAACAAGCCUCGCGGCCGCGCAACUCGCUCGCGUACCCGCCGAUGCUCCGUCCGAGCCGGGAAAGAACGUCCCGCGUCCGGCCGAGAGAUUUCAUCGGCCAAAUCUAUCCGCCGACCGGAAUCCAUCCGGCCCGACCGUUCCGACUCGGCCACAACCCGAUUGUCCGGCCGAUCGUCCCGCACGACCGUCCCAACGCCGCGGUCGACCCGAAGCCCUUUUUGAAGCCCAAACUUAUGUUUUCAAGCCCGGCUUAACCCUAAGCCGCCUCUAG